UGAUCACAUUAAAUUUUAACACCGUUGAUAAAACAGUUUGGUUGCCAUGGACGCGCAAACAAUAACAAAUAAUAAAAUGUUAAGCGUGUUACAAACUUGUAAAAAUCAUAAUAUCAAUAGUUUACGGAGAGUAUUUACGAAAGAAUUAAUUUAAUCAGUGAAAAUAAAUGUAGUGAAUGAUUAAAAAUGACAGACGAAAUAAAAUUACAAGAAGCUGUGAAGAAAACGCAAGAUUUACUCGGUAAAUACAUAAAAAAACCACCCCUUACUGACAAACUGUUAAGAAAACCCCCAUUCCGUUUUAUACAUGACAUGAUAACGUCAAUAAUAAAAGAAACUGGAUUUUUAAAAAAUUUAUACCGUGAAGACGAGUUAGUUAGUACAAAUAUCGCAGAUAAAGAAGCAAAAAUAGAAUACUUGACAAAAUUAAUCGAUGCUGUUAAAUUAAUAACCGCCAACAAUGAACUCAGUGCCAGGCCGUCUAAAAUAAUUUCUGGUCAAGAACCAAUAAAAACUAAUGAAUUAUUUCACGCAAUAGGAAGGGCUUUGGAUAAAAAAGUGUCAAGUGAUGAAGCUAUUGAGCACUAUAAAAAUAAUUUGACCAAAAAGAGUAAAGAAAAGACUUUAAAGAAAAAGAGCAGUUCGCCUGAAGUUAAUUUGACAACGAGUAAUGAAAAAAUUAACGCAAAAAAGACAGUGAAGAAGUCUACUGAUAGUAGAGUAGGUAGUAAGGAGAGUGAAAAGAAGAAAAGCUCGCAAACGAAGCCGUCUGGAGAAUCGCGAAAACGAGACAAUAGUAUUGAUAGAAAAACUGGUGAUUCGAAAUCAACGAAAGAUAGCUUGAAGAAGAAAGAAUCGACGCUUAAAAAAAAAGAAGUUGAGAAAAAACCGGAAAAACGAGUUAGAAGUAAAGAAACUUCUGGUUCGAAGAAAGAGGUGGCUUUACCGAAGACUACUGAAGAGCCAACUCAAGCACAAGAUAAAAAAGAUUCAAUCAUCACUGAUUCUAAGGAAGAAACGAAGGAUUUAGUUGAAGAAAAAGCUGGUGAAAGUUUGGAUAAUAAUCUACAGGUAAAUUCAACUGUCGAAAGUAAUGCGGAAACAACUGAACCUGUUGUUGAUAAGAUAGAAGAUAUUGUGAAGGAAAAUGCUGAUAAAGCUGAGCCAGAACAAGAAACUAAGGUCCAAAGACUGAAAAAGCAAAGUAAAUCUGUAGAAUUGAUUAACAAUAAGGUAGAAGAAAACAAAAAUUCAGGAAUUGUAAAAACUUCUUCAGGAUUUUUGAGGCCUCCUACGGCGAGACCACCUAGUGCGCGACCAGCAGCACCACGUAUGCGGGGUAAAACGGAUUUUAUAAUUAAUACCAAUGGAGCUAAUCAAAUAGCGGAUAUCAAUGUUGCAGUGCAGAACUUUGAUCUUAAAGAAGACGAUUCUGAGGAUAUGGUUGUUGUUGAAACUACAAUUAAUGAUGAUAGUAGUUUACUGAUUAGCAAUGGUAAUAAUAAUAAUAAUAAUAAUAAUAAUAAUAACAAUGCCGAUUGGAAUGAUAAACAAUUGACGCAAGAGCAUGGUUAUCUGGUGGCUCAAAUACUGGAAACACAGCGUGAGUUAGUUAAUGAGGAUAAUAUUGAGUUGAUACCGAAUAAAAUUGAAAUUGAGUGGGAAUCAGGUGUCAAAAAAGACCGUGAUUUUGUUGCCAAAGAAAUAGAUAAAUUACGGGGUACCAUACAAAGUUUAACGCGAACAACUAAUCCUCUAGGAAAACUAUUCGAUUUUUUACAAGAAGAUGUUGAAAUAAUGCAACGAGAGUUACGUGAUUGGCGAAACCAGUUCAUUGAGAUAAGAGAGCAGUUGAUUGUUGAAAAGAGUAAAACGCUUAAUGUAUUGAAACCGCUUGAAGACUCAUUGAACGAAGUCGAGAAUAAUAUCAAGUCUCAAAUGGAAAAAAUUUAUCAAACUAAGUCUAAUGUUUUAAAAAACAAUUUAAAAAUUUCACGGUUACUCAGUGGUCAAUAAUUUAUUGUUUGUUAU